AUGACAGCACCUAUCUAUGUGCUAGGCUGCGGGGCAAUAGGUUCCCUCUUAAGUGUCCACUUGCAAAGAGCAUGCCCCAAUACUACUAUCGUCCCGAUUUUUAGAUCAAUUAAACGACUACGCGAGUUCCAUGAACGGGAAAACAUAAUAUCCGUCAGAGAAGCCUAUAAAGGUUAUCCAAAGGUUACAAAACAAGUUUUUCCUAUCGCAACAUGCACCGAUCUGCUUAUCGAUAAACUUCGCGAUACUGGUCCCAUUGAGAACCUCAUAAUUGCAUGCAAAACCUACCAGACUGCAGAAGCCCUAGCUCCAUUUCUGCCUUUCCUGACUCCCGAUAGUAAUAUUGCGCUAUUUCAGAACGGACUAGGUGUCCUGGAAGAUCUUAAGGCCCAUAAUUCCGAUAGCACUCUCAAAUCAAACGUUUUUCAGGGCGUGAUGACGCAUGGCGUCUGUCAGGUAGAACCUGGCGUUUAUCAACAUGCGGGCCCUGGAGACUGUAAAUUUGCACGAUUAUCAUGGGAUAACAACUGCUUUAUACAAUCGAGUGACGACAUCGCACACGAUGUUCGUAACAACACCCUCGUUCGCUCUCUUUUGAAAACUCAAGAUUCCCUACAAAUGAAAUUCAUGACCAGUCAAGAGAUGCUGCUCAAUCAAAUUCAAAAAUUCAUCUGUAACGCAUGCAUAAACCCCGUAACUGCUAUCUUAGAUUGUAUAAACGGAGAGCUGCUACAUGGAUCUGAGGCCUUAUUUUCUGAUAUCAUCGAGGAAUGUCUACAAGUCUUCAAUGUUGUAUACAGACCUCUGUUCAACUACGAAGCAAAAAUAAAAAAUCAACCGAAUUACCCGUAUCUGCCUGUGACAGAUACACUGACGGUUAAAAAUCUCCUCAAAUCUUCAAUUCACAUUGGCUGUGAAAUAAACGCUACCAAUUCAUCCUCGAUGCGUCAAGACUGUCUAAAUGUCAGGGACACCGAGGUUGAUUACAUAAACGGCCAUAUUACCAAGCUCUGCGAAAUACACAACCUGCCUGUAGACUACGCAAAGGUAAACAGAACCGUAACCCAGCUGGUUAAACUACGCCUAAAUCUCAACAGAGCCCGAGCCGCAACCACCCACACCUAG